GCAUGGGCACGAUAGCGCUUACUGCGUAGGCUUCCGGAAAUUAUUUUGCCACACACCAAAUGGCGUCCUUGACAACUCUUACAGGCUCCUCCCCUAUAUAGCCUGAUUUGACCGCAUUCCCUGCUACCGAUUGGCUCCCAUAUCCAGUUGGCAUGGUGACAAUGCCUGUCAGUUUAGUGUGCGAGCGUGUGUCCCUGAGGGUUGGGUCUGGUACACAAGUCUGAGAGACAGGGUGGGGCUUGACUAUCAGGUGUGUGUGAGUGGUCACGGGAAAGCUGCUACCGAAUCGCUCGCUCUCCCCGUAGCCAAGGGCGCCUCACCUGCGAUCUCCCGAGUCCAGACAGUCGUGUAUCAGUGCGACUUCCCCCGGAUUUCUAACAAUCCCUAACCCGGCUUCCCGGCACCAUGUCCGCGGGAGGAGACUUCGGGAACCCGCUGAGGAAAUUCAAACUGGUUUUCCUGGGGGAGCAGAGCGUUGGGAAGACAUCUCUAAUAACAAGGUUCAUGUAUGACAGCUUUGACAACACUUAUCAGGCAACAAUUGGCAUUGACUUCUUAUCCAAAACAAUGUACCUAGAGGAUCGAACAAUCAGACUGCAGCUCUGGGACACGGCAGGUCAGGAACGUUUCCGCAGCCUGAUCCCCAGUUACAUCCGCGAUUCUGCAGCCGCCGUAGUAGUUUACGAUAUAACAAAUGUAAACUCAUUCCAGCAAACCACAAAAUGGAUCGAUGAUGUCCGGACAGAGCGGGGGAGUGAUGUGAUCAUUAUGCUAGUGGGGAAUAAAACCGAUCUUGCAGAUAAAAGGCAAGUGUCCAUUGAGGAAGGAGAGCGGAAGGCCAAGGAACUCAAUGUAAUGUUUAUUGAAACCAGUGCAAAGGCUGGCUACAAUGUAAAGCAGCUCUUCAGACGUGUGGCAGCUGCCUUGCCUGGAAUGGAAAGCUCACAGGACAAGAGCAGAGAAGACAUGAUCGAUAUCAAACUGGAAAAGCCUCCAGAACAGCCAGUGUCAGAAGGAGGCUGCUCCUGUUAAUGUCGCCCAUCCCUCUGCAGGACUUCCUCCAUGAUUCUUCCUCCGGGACAUCACUGCUCUUCUCGUGCCCUCAUCAGCCCCCCCAACCUUACUACUUUCUAAAAAAACAAAAAAAGCAGUGUAAAUAUCCCCCUCCUUCCUCCCUAGCCCUCGACUCCUCAGCUCCAAAUCUGGCUGUCUUGUGGACCUAUGAACGAUCAGCUUCACGGGCUUGUUAAUAUAUAAGCAGUGUCUUCAUUAUUUAAGCGACACGGAAAUGGUAUGCUUGUUGUUAAUCCAUCUCGAAAAAAACCAAACUACGGUUCAUAUCUGACCGAGAACCUCUGCAACGUAGGAUGAUACCGAGUAUCUCUGCAUGCUUUCUAUGUUCCAAGCUCACCGGAAAAAUUCAUGGCACUACGGGCAUUGAUCACUAGCGCGGUGCAAGGUUUUUAAUGUGCUUAAAUAGAUCUACUACCCCCGUUCCCUUGCCCAUUUCGGCUUCACUCACCCACCGGCGAUUAGUGUAGGAUAUGUAGUCACCGAACAGAAAAGCAUUAUGAUGUGGUCAUACUCUGUACUGUUUUAUAUUGCAGCAUUUCAUUGUAUAUGGGGUGUGAACUGCUGCUUGACAUAGUUAUCUUUUUAUUAACGUUUCCUUUUUUUUUUUUUUUUAAUUUUAAAUAAAGUAUAAAUAAUGCACUUUG